AUGAUGAGAACUUCUGUCUUUGCCCUUUCUGCUCUAUCUUUGGCAACUGCCGAGUCCACACUCUCGCUUCGCCGUCGCCUCUCGUUCGAGAAGGUUGCUGGAUAUGCUCCAGGAAGUCAGGUGACCGACCACUGCGCCAUUGACAGAGAUCAAGCCGAAAUCGAGACUCUUCUCGCCAAGAAGACCAAUGAAGCUUUCUCAUCUGCGAAGGCUGUUUACAACAACGGCGGUAACUCCAAAUCUUACGCAAGAGUUACCUUGACACCAGCCCUUGUCGGUCCUCUCGCCAAGGGAGCCAGAAUCACCGGAAAAAGUACCGAUGGCAUUGAAAUUGCUGGAAAGGCAUACAAUUCCUACGAUGCUGGAGCAAAGGAGAUUUGGGUCCAAUACGCAACCACAGACAUCCAAGCUAGCUACGUUGCAUGCCAAGUCGGCAGCCUCGUCGAAAGCAUCAACACUGAGGGAUGCUUUGCUGCGGAAGGAGAUUUCGAUAUUUCUGGAACUCAAUAUGCUUACACUUACAACAUUGCUUCUGAUAACAAGAAUGGUCGCACCAUCGCUGGAUUCUCCACCGAAGCUGGUCAAAAGAUGCGCUUGGAUUGCCCAGGAUGCCCUUACACUGACUUCACUUACUUCUACAACUAUUAUGGCGCUGACGACUAUGCCGACGAAUGGGUCAACGCUGCGCUUGAUGGGGGGUCCACCACCUUCAAGAAUGGAAAUGCUGACUUUUCCAAAUACGGCUUUGAUGGUCGCGUCGAAGCCGUGAAGAAGGGAACCGCUUACUUGAACAUUUUCAUGUACGUGAUCCGGGAAUUCGAAGAUGCUUUGGAUGACUGCAAGCGUGGAUGCAUGGACUGCAACGAUGAUCCUGUCCAUGCCUGGGACGAGGGAGUUUGCUUCUAUACUGGAUCUAUCGAAGGAAAGGACGGUCUUACACCUGAUGGAAAGCUUCUUCACCAACUCGCCGAUAAGCGUUGUGCUGACUUCAAGACCUGCGGCCUCGAGUCUGGAGAGCUUGAUGGAACUGCCAACCUCAACUACGAACUCUUUGACUUGUUCUCGCUCGGAAAAUUCCAGCUCCAAACUGGAAACUGUCCAGCUGCCCGAAAGACUACCAAGCUUGUCACCGAAUUGAUGUACAUCCCAAUGAUCCAAGGAACUUUGCGUUAUGCAUACAAGGUUGGUGUCCUGAACGAAGGCGAGAAGGCGGAAGCCGAGGGAGCUGCUUUUGCUGCCGCAGUUCUUCCUCGCAUUCACGCCGCCAAUCAAGACGCGGCCAAGACUAUUUAUGAAAACAUGAAGGUCGGCGCCUCCAAUACCGAUCACAUGGCUGUUAAGAGAGCAUUUGAAUCUGUUUACGCUAAUCUUGGAAUCACUUGUGCUGAUGUCGGAGGACUUUGGAACACCGCUACCUCCAGCUACUACGACGGAUAUGAGCCAUGCACCGAUGCAUCUACCGGGGGUGUGAUCAAGGAAGAAGAUACCACACUCGCAGUUAUUUUUGGAGCCACGUUCGGAGGCCUUUUUGGACUUGCACUUUUGGCUUUGUGCUUCAAGCGAAACAAGGAAAAGCGUGGACAACCUGUUUUCUCACCAACCAUGUAUGAGGAAGAAGACAAGCCAACUGAGCUUCAUUAA